AUGCGGAAAAGGCUGGUCAGGAUCCGCCUUCCUUGGCCCGAUGCUCGAACAUUUGCCUCCAUACGCGCUGCAACUUCAGCCGUGUCCCUGCCCAGCUGCCCUACCUACCAGGCUCCUUGCCCUGAGUUGGCCCAGGAAUCUGGUGACACAUUGGAAGUGCUGCAGCGGAAGAACUUGCAACUGAGGGCAGAUCUGCGGACCCUGGGCUGGCCGAAGUUGAUUCGUUUCCAUGGAGGUGGCCGAACGUAUGAGCUGCCACUGCGGACGACCACUGCCAUAUGUUCAGCGUCGGCAGAAGAAUCGACAGCAGCAGUGUUGCCCUACUUGGCUGGCUUCUUUGACGGAGACGGAUGCGUGGCAGGCAGGCCUGGAGGGUGUACCUUGAGGGUGACGCAGUCCUACGACAAGGCGGAUAUACUACUGCUGUUCCGUAGCACAUUCGGGGGCAGUAUAACUAGAAACUCUGAUGGCAAAGGGCUGCGGAAGCCGUCCUUGAGGUGGGUUGUCUGCGGGCCCUCUGCCCGUUCCGCUUCGCAACUUCUGGCCCCCUACAGCAUAACAAAACACCGCCAGCUCUUGUUAGCAUCGGAGUGGCCUCAAGAGAAGUCCAGCCGAGGAAGCUGUAUGGUGGAGUUAAGCUUGCUGAAGCGCGUUGAUUCCGCGAUCGCUCGCCGAUGCUCGGUUGGGUACGUUUCCGGUUUCUUCGACGCAGAAGGUUACAUACAGCACAGAGGCAAAGCCACGCUUCGACUUCAGAUCGGUCAGAAGUUUGGAACCGUGUUGCAUUGUGUGCGAAGAUGUUUGGCGCAUGACCUCGGAUUGCAGGCCCCGGUUCGCAGCUACUCAUACCCACCCAGAAGCAUUUCCUUUUUGUGCGUCGAGGGCACAUCCAACAGCAAGGCAGCGUUGCGUGCUAUGUUGGGAGCCGGGAUGCGGUGCAAAGCAGCACAAGCAGAGCUGGCAUUGCGUUUGAGGCCUGAAAAUGCAGAGCAAGUGGGCGCAGCUUUGGCAGAGCUGGUCGGCAACCAGGCAUACGGGAAAAGGCAGGACCAGGCAGCUCGGACGAGAGCUUUCAAGAUAGCGUCAAUGCAAGCGGCCGCUGGGCAACUGAAUACCUGGCAGCUGGAAAAGCUCCAAGCGUUAAGAAGCGAGCACGCGCUUCUGAAAGCGCAAAGCGAGAAUGUUUUGUUGCAGAAGUAUGUUCACAAGAUACAGGCUCUGCAGGGGGAAAUCUGGGCGGACUCUAGCAACCGCUGCAACUUCGACGAGUUUGAUGCAGCGUGCCAAAAGCUGAAGUUCAAAGGCGACGUGGCUGGCGCUUGGAGGGCGCUGGAUGAGGAUCUGUCCGGAUACAUCACCCUCCAGGAGAUCGAUCCGGCCUCGUCCAGCGCCUUAGCCAACUUCCGCAGGUGGUGCGAUGAGGAGUUUGGCAGCGUUCGGUCUGCUUUCAGCGUCUUUGACAACAGCGGCGACAACGAGGUGAACUACCGUGAGUGGCGGCGAUCCUUGCGCUUCUACGGGUUUGAGGGCGAUGCCAGCACACUGUUCUAUGCCCUGGAUGUGGAGAGGAGCGGCACACUGACGCUGCAGGAGGUGGAGUUCUUGGAUGACUGGAUCUUCCCUGGCGCGAAUACAACGCAGGAUGUCAGUUCGACCACGAUCUUCUCCCAGGUACUCAAUGUGCCGCCCUCUCCGCAGCAGCUGACCACACAGUACAUGACGGAAGGCCCGGGACCAGCGGCCUGCCCCGCCGGCUACGGCGUCGGCAGCGGCCCCCGGGCGCCGAUGCGGCCCUUCCCGGGAGCCUUCUCGUUCCGAAAGCGCACAGGGGGCACCAUCCUGCUGCCGGCGACGCCCCGCGACGCUGGAGAGGAGCCCUCGCCAUUGGACUACGACUCCCGUGCCUUGGAUUCACUGGAAGGUAGCACGGGCUAG